AUGGGAAAUGCCAUGCGUGGUGUUGUGGCCUUUUUUCCAUCAGAGCGCUGUCAACGAUUUUUAGUGGGGGACUUGAAGGACAUGCCUCUUGACCGCACCCUGGACCUCAGCAGUCGCCAGUUACGUCGCUUCCCCAUUAGAGCCUGUGCCUUUGACGAACUGGUGAAACUCUACUUGAGCGACAACCACCUGAGCAGCCUUCCACCUGAAUUGCGAAGCCUACGUAAGUUGCAGCUUCUUGCUCUUGACUUCAACUGCUUUGAGGAGUUGCCAUUAGCUGUGUGCAGCCUUUCACAGCUUAAUAUUCUCUACCUCGGAAAUAACCGACUCUACAAGUUGCCUAAGGAGCUGAGUAAGCUCGUGGAGCUUAAGACCUUGUGGCUGGAGACUAACUGUUUCACCAAGUUUCCCCGUGUGGUGUGUGAGCUACCAAAUCUUAAGACACUCCACUUGGGUUACAACCAGCUUCGCGGGCUGCCAGCAGAGCUCAGUCGGCUUGAAGAGCUGCGUAGUAUCUGGCUAGCAGGAAACUUCUUGAAUGAAUUCCCACCCGUGUUGCUGGAAAUGCACUUCUUGGAAGUAAUUGAUGUGGACCGAAACCGCAUUCGGUAUUUUCCUUCAUUAGCCAACCUGCAGGGACUGAAACUGGUAAUCUACGACCAUAACCCUUGUGUGAAUGCCCCUAUGGUGGCUGAGGGUGUGAGACGAGUGGGCCGCUGGGCAGACUGCUCUGAUGACGAAGAGGAUGAAGAUAUAGGAAAAGCAGCUGAUGUGUCUGAAGAAGUGACAGGACAGCUCACAGAGAAUGAGUGA